GUGAGUUUACAUGUUGGUGUAUCUUUGGAGACUGUGCACCCUUCAUUCCGAUCAUCCAGCUCCUUGGACAUCAGAAGGAAAAGUAAACAAGCAGCCGGUGUAUUCACUCAGAUCACCAUGGGUGACACACAGAAGGAUUUGUUGAAAGUGAAACUGGAUCAGCUUCAAUGUCACUUCACAUGGGCUCCACAGAAAGAAAACAUUGACUUGGAUGAUAUGAAACAAAGAUUAGAAGAUUCAAUACAACUUGAUGUGAAAUAUCAAGACAGGUCUUACAACCAACUUGCUUUUGUCAACUGUCUGCAAGGAAACUGUGAAGAGGCAAUUCAGAAUUUAAAGGAAGCUGAAAAGAUUCUGAGGGAGAAACAUGAAGAUGAAUUUGAGAAAAGAAUCAUUGUCACCUAUGGAAACUAUGCCUGGGUUUAUUAUCACAUGAACCAACUGGAAGAGGCUCAGUCCUACCUCGACAAGCUGGAGACAGUCUGUAAACUAUUUCCUGAAGCCUCUAGGUUUACAGCAAUGAUACCUGAGGUUUAUGGGGAGAAGGGUUGGUCACUGUUGAGCUCUGCUGCUCAACAUUAUGAAGAGGCAAAGGAAUGUUUUAAAAAGGCCCUGGAGAAAGAUCCUGACAACAUUGAGUGGAACGUUGGCUAUGCCACUGUUCUGUCUCGUCUGGAAUGGUUUUCUGGGACCCCAGGGAGUCGUGGGCCCAUGGAAUCAGUGAAGUGGUUUAGACGUGUGCUGGAGCUUGAUCCUGAUGACUCUGUAUCCAUGGUGCUGUUGGCUCUCAAACUACAAAUAAGUAGGAAAAAUGAUGAAGCACUCACUUUAGUUGAACGAGCAUUGCAGAAGUCCCCUGAUCUCCCUUAUGUGCUCCGAUAUGCAGCUCAGUUUUACAGAUACUGCAACAAUGUGAAUAAAGCUCUGGAGCUGUUGGAGAGAGGAUUAGAAAUUAGCCCACACUCUACCUUCAUACAUCAUAAAAUAGGUCAAUGUUACAGAACCAAAUUGUAUCAAGUGAUCAAAAAUCCACUCAGUAAAGAUCCUCGCAAUCCAGCAUUUCAACAGAAAGCUGAGCUGAUCAAUAAAUGCAAGUACCAUUUUGAAAAGUCUUUCAAGAAAGAGUCACUGACAUCUGUUAAGCCCAGCCUCGAUUUUGCAGCAAUUUGCUUAUUAAAUGAAGAAUGCGACAAAGCACAGGAAAUCUACAGCCAUCUCCUGACACUGGAAGUUAUUCGCCCAGAGAACAAGCAAGCGAUACGUUUAGCGGUAGGGUUAUUUCAACUGAAUCACAAGAAUUCAGAAUCAAACGCCAUCCAACAUUUUCUGGAAGGAAUGAAAGUCAAUUACGACUCAGUGGAACGGAAAAAGUGCCGUGAAAACCUGGAGAAGAUAGCAGCAAGACGAUUUCACAGGAAUCUAAGAGAGAGUGAGGCCCUUGGUGUUCGGGGAUUCCUGCACCAGCUCGAUGGGGAGAAGUGUGAAGCGAUUGAAUGCUUCAAAAAGGCUUUGGAGUUUGAUCCUGACAAUGACGAAUAUUUAAGUGCUCUUUGUGAAUUAAACCUUUCCAUUGAGGGCAGAAAUAACCCUCCCAACGAAAACUAAAUGAUAUGUUGAAAUACAUCGACUGCACUGAGUCAUAACAGAUUUAGAGAGGCUCAUUUUCAUUAAUAGAGAAAUUUAGCUGGUCUGGCAGCAUCAGUGAAGAGAAAAUAGAGUUCAUAUUUCGAGUCCAGUGAUCCUUUUAUCUUUGCAAAAGGAUCACUGGACUCGAAAUAUGAACUCUAUUUUCUCUUCACCGAUGCUGCCAGAGCAACUAAGUUUUUCCAGCAGUUUCUGUUUUUGUUUGUUUCAGAUCUCCAAUAUCUGCAGUUCUUUAUUUUACACUUUCAUUAAUAGACUUUUGGCAUUCUUUGAAGUGAGCAUUUUACUCCUAUAUGUUUAAUUUUCUCAAGGGUCUGAAUGCAAUCAUCCUAAGUGUACUUAAUUCGGAAAUAUUUUUACCACACUGUCAAACUAACAAAAUCAUAAUCAUUUCCGUAGUAAGAGAUUUGGAUUAGUUUGAAUUGGUAAAAAUAUAACGUCGGACAUAAGGGAUCAAAGUUAAUUCAACCAGUCGGAGAGAUUCAUAGUAAUUCUUUUAGGAAUUAUACGGACUUGUUUAAAACAAUAAUACAUUAACAUCGGCCUGAUUUUAACUCCAGAUGGGUUUAGAGUGUGUGGUGAGGGCAUUUCAGAUCUAAAUAAUUUCUCUAGUUCCUGCCUUGGGUUCAUGACACAGUUAAAUAUCACAUUCAGGGUCAGAGAAUGUUGGGGAUAAAGGGUAGAAGAAUGCAUUAAAAAGAAGAAAACAGUUGAAAUUGAAAUUGAAACUCCAAACUGUAAUUGUAAUUGUUGGCUCAAACAGUGAAUAUCCAAAUAAAAUUACAUUGUGGGUAACAUUCAA